UCGCGGUUCUAUUUCGUUUUUGCGUUUGCGGUAAAUUCUCUCCCUAAGUGAUUUUUGAGAAUAUGAGUAAUGCCAAAGAAUCUAAUGCAGUGAAACAAGUUUUUGAUUAUCUUGUUACACAAAACCGACCUUAUAGUGCUCUAGAUAUCGUUAACAAUUUGCACAAAGAACAUGGAAAAACAGCAGUUCAACGAGCUUUAGAUUAUCUAGUAAGCAAAGAGAAAAUCAAAGAAAAAAGUUAUGGAAAGCAAAAGAUCUACUUUCCUAAUCAAGCACAAUUUUCUGUUGCUAGUGAUGCAGACAUUCAAGCCUAUGAUGCUGAAAUUAUUGCUUUUACUGAUAGCUCAACUGCAUUGUGUGCCCAAAUAAAAGAGGGUGAAAAUAAACUUUUAGCCCUUAAUAAGAGCUUGACUACUGAGGCAGCUGUAGCGCGGCUUAAUGAAUUGAAGUCAGACAUUCCCAAGUUAAAGCAAAAGUUGGAUUCUCUAGAAAAUAAUAGUGUGUGUAUUAGCAAUGAAGAGAAGGAAGCUGUGUGUGUUGCUAAUAAGAAAUAUAAGGAAGAAUGGCAAAAGAGGAAACGUAUGGCUGUUGGAAUUCUUGAUGCUAUUUUAGAAAGUUAUCCACACGGGAGAGCCAAGCUUUUGGAAGAAAUUGGCAUUGAAUCUGAAGGGGAUUUACCUUCUAAUAAAAAACUCAAGGUUUAAAAGUUAUUGUACUAGUCUGAGUUAACUGCAUCUUUAAUUAACUUUUUUCCUUGAACGUGAAGUUUGAAAUUUUUGUCUUUAAAAUAAAUCUUUUAGUUAGAAG